AUGCCACUUCCCAGGCCAAGACUCUGGGAUCUCAGGCAGUCGGCGCAUGCUCAGGCCCACGCCCUCGCACCUGGGAUUGUUCCCGCCCCAGCAGAGGGUGUUGACCUCAGCCACGACUUGAAGCCUGAUAGCGAAGCCGACAAGGAGAAGCUUGCAAAGGCGUUGGAGAAGAAGUCCGAUGCGAGCGAGCUCAAGAACAAGGGUAUUUUGAAAGGCAACCCCGGAGACUCUUUGGCCGGCAAGAAGGACGAGCUCCAAAAAGCUAUGCAAAAGGACGUUCUCGACAAUGGGAUCGCUCAAAGACCUCACCCCGAAGACCUUGUGUCGAAGGGUAUCCUUUCCCGUAAGUGGCUAUAUAAUGCUACAGUGGUACCUGACGAGCAAAAUGUAGCCGAUGAAGCCCCCAAGACCAACUGA